GCGGAGCUCAUUCUGCGCGCGUGUGACGCGCGCGCGCGCGCGCGCGUACCGUUCAGCUGAUCCGCGGUCGACGAGUGAAAGUGCUCCGAAUACCUGUCGAGCCGUGAAAAAGACCGCGGGGCCUGAUCCAUGUGCAGCGCGAUGCGUCGAGCGCGAGGUGGUGACGUUCGGCCGCAUACCGAAAGUUCCUAAUGCAACUUUAGCCUGUUUUUUUGUUGGAAUUCGCCGAUCCUCAUGGAGAAGAGACUGGAUUUUUGACAAUUGUGGCUCUAAUAUGUAUACUUGGAGCUUUCUCAUCACGUGCACUCAGUGUGAUAAUAUGUAAUAGUGUGUGCUCCAGUAUGUCCCAUUAUUGAUAUUCAUCAGAGAAGAAAUUGUUUUCUCACCGACUUUCACCUUUAAUAUGGACAUUGGAAAUUGUCUUUCACGUAUGCACAGUGCAAUGUUAUUAACGUUAUAAUCUCUCACAUCAAUCGUUUGCAUUGUGUAUCGCAUUUCGAUACUCAAGGGAGAGACUGCAUUCUCAACAGCAGUGAAUUUAAUAUGGACAGUUUGCAACUGGUUCUGGUGGCCGUCUUUACAUUCAUCUGCGGUGUAAUAUGUACCCUGACGUUGCAGUUCUACCUGUUCAAGAGAUAUUUGGAUUCGGGACCACAGGUUGCUCUGCCAGAGAGGCAGCUGCAACAUGGCAAAGCGCAGUUACCUAAGGAGCUGGUGGAGCAGUUGCAAGAGGAACGGGCGAGCUCCAACAAUAGUAUGUCCCGCCAGGCAAUGUCCCAGGGCAACGAGAAUCUGGCGAUAAAUCUUACGCUGCAGUUUCUUUUCAACGAGUUGCGGAACGCCGAGCGAGUGCGUCUGUGGCUUUAUAGAAAAUUAAAUAACGAGUUCAAGGAGCUUCUGACGCAGUCGACCACCGCCAAGCUGUUGGACAGUGUGAAAUUGAGAGACUUGGACCUAGGUACGCAAUUUCCGACGAUAAAGGGUUUGGAAGUAGCCGAUUCAAAAAUUGACGCUGAUACGGGUUUGCUAGAGUUUCUGGAUUUGGCCUUAGAUUUACAUUACUCAGGAAACUUUCAAUUGUCUAUAGAUGUUAAGAUGGUGCUUGGCAAAACAGCUUACAUGGCGUUGCAAGUGAAGCGUAUCAGUGGUAAAGCUAGACUACAGUUUACUCGCGUACCGUACACACAUUGGUCAUUGAGCUUUUACUCAGAUCCGAUCUUAGAGUUGGAAGUGCAAUCGCAGUUCCAGGGCCGUCAGUUACAGCCGCAAAUAAUCUCAAUUAUCACCAGUCAGAUUAGGAGGGCGGUGAAGCGGAAGCAUACUCUACCUCGUUACAAAAUGCGUUACAAGCCGUUUUUCCGAAGAUUGAACGACGAGGCCGUAGAUCUCUCAGAGGUUGCCAGUACUCAACUCACUCCAGGAUACUUGGAGGUCGUACUAUUGGAAAUCAGCAGAUUAAAUCUUGCACCUAUUGUUCUCAACAGUGGCGAAGACGUGUCACAGAUAGAGGUGUACUGCACCAUGAGCAUGGAUUCCACGCCGUGGAUUUACUUGACACAGUACAGUGGCGUCCCAUAUAUGGUGCUAGACUUGAUCAUCAGUAAGACGGGCUCUCAACAAUUGGGAGUAGUGUUCAAACAGGAAGUCGUGCCGGAGAUUGGCCAGAUGUGCGUAAUAGUCGAAACCAUAGUGACCGGCAGUCCGGCAGCGAUCGCUGAGAUGAAGAAGGGCGACAUUUUGGCAGCGGUGGACGGGAAGAAGGUGUCAAGCAUGAACCAAGUAGCGAAAUUUGUCAAAUCUGCUGUACAGCGACGUUUUAUUAUCAGGGUAGAGCGGCGGUAUUCGAAGACGGAUUCAAGCGAAAAAGGACAGAAAACGGAUAACGAAAGAAUACCUUUCACGGAAAGAAAGGCAUCGAAAAGCGAUUCCGCAGGCAGGCUGGAUAGUCCGAGCGCGGAAGACUCUGGAAAAAUGAAAUUUGAGGGGCAGAUCAAGUUCUCUGAUCUACGAGAUUCCGACACUGAUCUCGCGGACACCCGUUCAGAAGCCAGUAGACUAUUCAAGAGAAGAAAGAGUAGUAUUCAGAUGGAAGAAGUCGCCCAGACGCCUGACACUACGCCGUCUCGACGAAUCUCGACGAUCUCUACGUCAUCGGCGUCCAGCAAUGUUCAGUUUUAUCUUCCGGAUGACAGUAGCAUGUCCAACAUCGUCGAUCUAUACCACAAUACGAAAGAGAAACCAUACGCCUCUCUUAUCACCUUCGAAGAGACCAAGAGUUUCCGUAUCGAUUCUGAGUUGCAAUAUUUGAACGUGGGUGUAUGGGGCCGUGUGAAGGGCGGUGAAACAUCGCCAAAAUUGUUAGGCUACAUAAACGCGCCUGUGAAAUUAAUCUUGGCGCAGUGUUGCACUUCUACAACUGGGCAUUACCUAAAAUGUCACGCUUUGUUGCCUCCAGAAAGUGCUUCUUUAGCGACAUCCUACGUAAGACUGCAAGGUUACUCGGGAUUCGAUCCAACGCUCUGUUACGGCGAUAUUUUGUUAUCGUAUGUAUGGGAAUCUUGUCGCUCGAGUGAUCAAGCGGUCAAUGAUCUUGGGAAAAAAGAGAACGCAGAAACUGCCAAAAUUCAAUCAAUUCCAAAUGAAGAGGUUGCCGAUAAGAAAAUGCAUGAUUUCAUCAGGACGCACUUUCAUAGGGCGACACACUGCGACUUUUGCACGAAGAAGAUUUGGUUAAAGGACGCGGUGCAGUGUCGAGACUGCGGCAUGGUGUGUCACAAAAAGUGCGAGGCGCGUUGUCAAGCAUCCGGCACUUGUGGCGCGGAGAGUCUAGCAACCCUGGCGCUAGAGGCCGACGAGAUCGAGCUAAACGUCGGGGAUAUUUCUAAUCCGGAGAUCUCUCUGACAGGAUGUGAAGAUAACGUACAGAGUUCAUUGGCUGGAGGUCUGGGAAUAAGUCCUGACCUCUUGGAGGGUGCUGAGCCAAGUGUUGCAACUCCACUUAUGGCCGGCGACUUAGACGAUGGUCUUAUGUCGAGGGCCAGGGACACCGGUAAAUUCUUGUACAAAUACUUGGAGCCGCAGGAACGCGUCGAGAAGAUCAACAUCAUGAUGGGAAAAUUGAAAAACGCGUUAGAUGCCGAAACUACCUCAAGAUUGGAACUGUCCCAGAACGGAGACGCGGACAGCAUGAAACUGAUCGCGCAGAGCGACUUGCGAGUACAGGCACUCAGUGUGUUACUUCUGCACUACUGCGCCGGCUUGCAACAUGCACAGGAGGCGGUGGAUCGACCACAAGCCAGCAAGGAAUCUUAACAGAAACGCAUUCAAUAAACGCGGUAGCUUUAAAAAAAUUGCAUUUCCCCCUUUCUCUAUAAAAAGUGGAAAAUGUAGCGAUAUUCGAAAAUGAGGUAAUAAUGGUUUGCUUUUGCCAUUUAUUUCGUAAUGAACAACGACUGGAUAACAUUAACGUUAAGUUACAUCAAUUUUACGAUGUUAAUAUUGCCGUUUUUUAAUAUUGACGUAAUUCGAUUAAUUAAAAUUUUAAUGCUGUCAGGCUGUAUAAAAUGCACAGAAGUAUUUAUAUUACUAUGCACAGAUAAAUAGGGAGCAAAUGUCUAACAGUAUUUAUAAACAUUCCAUCAGUGCAAAUAUCAGAAUUACUAUUAUAUCUUUUAUAUCUAUAUAUGUAUGUAUCUCACUUUCUCAUUUCUACUAUUUACUAUAUAUGAUAUUUUAGAAAACGUUUAUUUACGUAGCAUUAUUAUAACGUUAUGUGACGAUACAUUUUCCAAAAUUUAACGUUGAUGUAACGUUAUAAAUAUUAUACGUACAUAUUAUAAUGUUGCAAAGAAGGAGAGAGAGAGAGAGAAAGUGUGUGUGUGUUUUUGAAUGCAUAUUAUGCCAUAGCUGUUCCAAAGCCUAUUCUACAUUAGUCAAUUGAUUGAACUCUAAUACUAUUCACACGAGCGUCGGUAAGAAGAUAGAGAUGAUAAAAUAUAAUUAUUAAUUUAUUAUAUUAGUAAAUUUCAACUGCGUAAUAGCAAAUCUUAAAUGAUAAAUAUUAACAAUCACAUUCUUUUAACAAACACUUUUUUUUAAUUUUAACUUUAAAUUUUUUACAUCUCUUGUUUAAUUUACAGGAUUUAAUUUAACAAUUACAAACGAAUACGCAAUUACUCACACUGAACAAGAUUAAUCGCAAUUCUACGUAUGCAUUAUGCACGUAAUAAUACAUACGUAAAUUAUGCACGCAUAUAAUAUAAUUUUGUGUCCGAGGGCUUCUAAUAAUUUCGUCAAUUUGCGUAAGUAUAUAAUUUGCGUUACAUAUACGUAGCUAUAAUACUCAGAGGUGAGAUAUCGUUCUAAGAGAAAACACCAAACUCGUUAAAAUUAGUAUUAGAUUGUUAUAAUGAUAAUUAUUGCAUUGUGUGUAGGAACGUGCAUGGUGUAAUCACACAAGAAGAGCUUUUGUUUGUAUAACAAUAUGUGUUAUUUAAAAAAAGCUUUCCGUAAAAACGUGCAAUUUCUCAAAUGCCUAAUGAAUACAUUUUAUCUCUGAUAACAAUUUUAUGCGAUAUAUAUAUAUAUAUAUAUUAGAUUCGAAGAAUGUAAUGUGUGAUGAACAUAUUAUAACAUGCGAAUUUAUAAAACUAUUUACAGAUUGAGAUGAUGAUCUGUCGCGAUUGUAAGUGAUGGUCUGUACUGGAUAGUUGUGAAUACGGUGCACGGUUGUGCAUUGCGCCAAAAUACGUGUGAUAAGAGGAUAUCUUGCACGUUUCUAAUAACAUUUUCAGACUUUACAUCUCUUUUGACAAAGCUAUUAAACCAAUUUGCGAUCUUAACUGAUUAAAAAAAAAUGUUUGACAAAAAUGAUUUUAAUAUUUAUAUUGCUAUGUUUUUUUUUUUUAAAUUACAUUACAUUUUACUCUUUAUGAUAUUUAUUUAGAAAAUAACUCAUUUUCGAAUUAUAAUCGUACAAAAGAAACGAAAACAGAUGCCAUGACUCGACGUUUUUCAGUAUUUUAUUUAAGAAUCGCAGAUGGUGCCAAAUAACUUGAACCUCAACACAGAACAUAUCUAUAAACUGGAACAAUUAUACCAAAAAAGACAUUAACAUAAAUGUUUACACAUUAAGAACGAAGAAAGGGUAUGUUUACGUCAGUUUACGAUAUUGAGGAAGCUGGAAACGAAAAAAUUGGCGUUAUACAUAUAGCAUUAGAUAUGAUUCUGCGAUUCCCAUCUCUAUUUACGUAAAAAAUGCAUUUGACUUAGGCCUGUUGAUGGCAAUUGGAUGGCACGUGUAACGCUUAAAUGCGCUGAAUGAAUGCAGAUCUUUGACUGUUAAAUCUAUAAUCAAAGAAUUUUACCGCUUUGGCCUAAAUCAACGAUAUUGAUAUAACGACAAUGUGAAAAAGCUAUGCAAAUUUUGACUGUAUUUAACUUAAUUGUUCACAAUGCAUUUAACAGACAUACGAAUCAGCUUCGUAUUAGCGAAAUCCAUCCAUAAGCAUUUUUGUGUGGCCGUAAUUUAAGAUGUUGCGCGUUUCGCGAUUGCAAACCGAUGUAUUAUCGCUCAUUGUUAUUAUAUAAAGUGAUCAUAAAGGUGAA